AUGUCUGUCGGAAGGUUUAUGCGAGCGCUGGUGAAAAAGGCUCCAAAGGCCGGUCUUGAGUGGGUUGAGAAUCAACCAGUCCCGCCUGUUGGUCCCAAUGACGUGCUCAUUCGCGUGACGCACGCCUCAAUCUGCGGGACGGACCUUCACAUCUACAAGUAUGACGCUUGGGCACAGCGAACGAUUCCAAUUCCUCUCGUUGUGGGUCACGAGUACGUCGGGCGUGUCGCUGCGCUCGGUGAUCAAGUGGCACAAAAAGUACCGCUGCGCGUUGGCGACCGGGUCACUGGAGAAGGUCACGUGACCUGUGGCUUCUGCCGAAACUGCCGAGCGGGUCGCCAACACCUCUGCCGAAAUACGCUCGGCGUAGGCGUGAAUCGUGACGGCGCAUUUGCAGAUUAUGUUGCAGUGCCAGCGCGGAAUGUUGUCCGACUACCUGACCGUAUCCCGGAUAUCUGGGGUGCUGUCAUGGACCCGUUGGGAAACGCUGUACAUACGGCACUGGCGAAUGACCUGGUUGGAGAGGAUGUUUUGAUUACGGGCGCUGGACCCAUAGGGAUGAUGGCAGCCGGAAUCUGCCGCCACGUCGGGGCACGGCACAUCGUCGUAACAGACGUACGUGAUGAGCGCCUCUCACUAGCGCAAAAAUGCGGUGCGACGCUGGCGAUCAAUACGAGCCAGGGCAAGCCGGCUACUGGUCUAGGCAUGGAAGAUGACUCCAAGCAUACGGAGCAUCUGCUUCGCGAUGCGAUGAAACAGCUAGGUAUGACCGAAGGUUUCGAUGUAGGUCUCGAGAUGAGCGGGGUGCCGUCUGCUUUCCGGAGCAUGCUGGCGACGAUGAAUCACGGAGGUCGUAUUGCACUCCUCGGGAUACCGAGUGAGUCUUUUCCCAUUAAUUGGGAUGACGUUGUUUUCAAGGGGCUCUCCAUUAAGGGAAUUUACGGGCGCGAGAUGUUUGAGACCUGGUACCGGAUGAUCAACAUGCUGGUGGGCGGCCUCAUGGAACGCAUCCAACCGGUGCUGACGCAUCGCUUUCCGGCGCACGAGUACGAGGAAGCGUUCAAAGUCGCAGGCAGCGGAACUGCCGGCAAGGUCGUCCUCGAGUGGGAGAAGUAG